AUGGCCUUCAGAACACCACCGCUCCUGCCCGCGUCCUAUCUCUCUUUCUUUCGGAGCACUUUUGGAGCUCUUGAGUCGUGUGGGGGGGGGCGUACUCUGUUUUGCAUGCAUUAGGGGUUAGACCAUUGACCACGCGUCCUCGAGAGUACGGAGCAUUGUUCCCACAGGACCGAUCACCGAUGGCCAAUCGUUCCUUUCUACUUUGCCAAAGGUGGCUCAAAAAUGUCUUCCCUAGUCUGUCUAUCCUAACGAUAUCCCUUCCCGCCUUUUCAACCCACCUCCUAUGCCCCAGUACAGCUACCGUCCUUUCCUCUCUAUUCCAUGCCUCAAACAUCUCCCUGUACGUUCCAUCUAUUUUUCCCAGCUCAGUCACGUACACUUCCCUCUCCUUCUUGUACAACGGACAUUCCGCGACUACAUGAACACGGUCUUCGCAUUCGAAGCCGCAAUCACAUUUGAACUCGUCGUCUUCCUCGUCUACCGUCCUAUGUCUUCGUCGACGUUCUCGAAGGCCUAUGUCCCCGGUCCUGAAUUUGACCUUAAGCUUUGUUCCUGCAUCCAUUGGUCCAUGUAGGUAGUCCUUGAACCCUAUUCCUUCCUUCAACAUUCCGUACACUUCUAGACCCUCCUUAUCCUUGGAUUCUUUCCUCAGAUUCUGUUCUUCUCUCUCGGCACAAGCAACAGAUAUCUUCUCCUUGAACCCCUGUAGACCCUCCGUUUCCAGCGUUUCAUCUUCGUCGAUGUCGAGCCCCUUCCAUACGUCCUCUACAACCUUGACCCAUUCCGUGGGUUGUCUACCCCUCUUUUUGUUUGCCCACUUCGCCUCCCAUACAAUUCUCGGCAACCUCUCCUCUCCCAUCCCGCACAUGCGAUACUGCCAGGUCAGCUUCCUCGCGUCUCUUCCCGACCGUAGGGAUUGGAUCCCCAAUUCUGCCCUCACGGCUGCAUUACUUGUGCGCCUGGAGCAUCCUAGGAUGGUUUUCGCUGCUUUCAUCUGCGCCGCCUCGAGUUCUUUCACUACCUUCUUAUUUCCUUCCCAUACUUCUCCGGCGUACUCUAGCGGCGGUACGAUUACGCUCUUCAAAACCGUCAAUUUGAUGCGUGUAUCGAGGUGCCGGUUUGCGAGUAUUGGGUGCAGCUUCCCUGCUCGUGCUUUGCCCUUUUCCGCUACCUUGGACAUGUGUGCAUUCCACGAGCAGUCUUUUGCGAUCUCUACUCCGAGGUAUGUGUACUGGUCCACUACUGCAAUCUCCUCGAUCCCCCACUUCCAUCUAUGUUCUACUGGUUCCUCCUUGUUCUCGUUGCAUACCAUGACGGCACUCUUCUGAACGUUGGCAGACAAUCUCCACUUAUCAGUAAACUUCUUCGCCGCGUCAAUUUGCAGUUGCAGUCCCUCAGGGGUGUCCGACAUACCGACAAAAUCAUCCGCAAACAGCAUUCCUGAAACCGACGUUUCCGUGUCCCCUACUUUUACUCCCUUCCGGACUGCCUCUACGACUUCCAACAGAUCGUUGAUGAACACCUGGAACAAUGUUGGGGACAGCGUGCAACCUUGUGGGACCCCCUGCUCAAUGUCGAAGAAUUUUGACAGUUCUCCGUCUAGCAUGACCGCGCUUUUCGUACACUCUGUCAUCUUCUUCAGCACUCUCCACAUUUUCCCCUUGAUCCCGUAUUUGGACAGUUGUUUCCACAACCCAUUUCUCCAUACGGUGUCGUAUGCCUUUUUCACGUCCAGGAAGAAGCAGUACGUCGGCUUUCCCGCCCUCUUUCUACCUUGGAUGAUUCUCCCUACCGUGAACACGUGGUCUACGCACCCCCUCUUCUUGCGGAAACCUGCCUGGCCCUCACUAAUGCUAUGUUCCUUCUCCAAUACUCCCACUAUCCUAUCGUUCAGCAGCUUACAGAACACUUUUCCUACUGUGUUCAACAGUGUGAUCCCCCUGUAGUUUCCUGGGUCAGUCUUGUCUCCUUUCUUAAACAAGUUCACAACCACUCCUUCCCUCCAUCUACUUGGCGUAUACUCGUUUUUCCACACCCAAUUGUAUAGCAGUACCAUCAGCUGGAUCAUCCCCUUCCCCCCAAACUUCAUGAACUCGUUGACUAUCCCAUCCGCUCCUGCUGCUUUGUGGCACUUCAGCUUGUUCACACACGCCUCAACCUCGUCCUCAGUGAACUCCUUUUCUAGUUCUACGUUCCCAACGUCUGCCUUCGAUGUCUCUUCUUCUUUUUGGGCCCAUGCGUCCACCUCCUUCUUAAACGCUUGGUCAAAAGCUUCAUUCUCCGAGGGCACUCCAAGUCUCUUGUAGUGUCCUGCUAGAACUUCCCUUUUUCCCUUCCCACUGCUGACUAAUCCACCGUUCACACCUCGCAAAGUUGCUACCCCUGUAUCCCCCCCUUGCGCGGUCUUUUUUACCAUUCCACUAAUCCCUUCCCACAUCUGCUUGACGUUUCCCUCCAGGCCUCCGUUGGCCUUCUGCACUACUUCGUCCCAAAUACACUUUUUCUUCUUUUUCACUAGUCCCUUCACCUGUUUUCUCUUGGCCCUGUACUUUUCCCAACUCUCCUCAGACGCCUCACUCAGGUACUGCUUGAAGACUUCUCUACGUUCCCCUAUUUCUUCUUUCAGCUCGUCAUCCCACCACUUAACCGAUACCCCACAUCGUACCACCUUCGUUCCCACUACUCUCUCUGCCGUUGCGUUCACGAUGGACUCCCACCCUUCAAUCACUCUGUCCCCUGCUGCCUGUACGUCUACCUGUCCGUCUUCGACGCUUCUCAGCAGUUUCCUGA